UUUGCUCUCCGAUACCCUAGUAGCGACCUGAGAGCUGCUGAUGUCUUCCCGACAACGGCAGGCGUGAGAGCUUAUUAUCAAGCAAUCGUUAGUGACUGUAUACGUACAGAAAGCAGUAGGGAGCGAUGGAACAAGUUCAGCGAGGAGGUUGCCAAUCGCUACUCGAGUUCCCUCGAAGGCGUUCAUCAUUCGGCAGAAUUGGGAGUGUUAGGCGUAGACCUGUUCUAUGCGGAUGCGCAGUUGGCCAAACGCCACCUGGACGAGCUCGGUCAACGUUUGCAGGAACUGCUCGGUGCUGAGUACGAUAUGGUCCCGUGUGUCGUAUUUACGUCGUGCAAGCUGCCACCCAAAGCUAGAGUGGCGGAGGACUGCCGUCUAUUCCACGGCAACGAUGUUUCCACUAUGGUAGAUGUCGUUACCGCCUCGCUGCAGUUCGAGACACUGGAAGGCCUGUUCUCGGGUAUGAGGUCAAUGAUGAACAGCGAUCAG